ACCAAGAAUCGGUUUAACGGCUCCCUCUGGUACCAAUCACCAUUCAAAGGGCCACCCACCGCCGAAGUCGAAGCAGCAUGGCAAUCAGUAAUGCAAUACGGAAUGAUAGCGGUAUCAGCAACAGACCUGCGUCAUGCACAAAGACUCGAAGACCUAGCAACUGCCGCACAAUUCCCCCGCUCAGCUCUGCCCACACCCAACUCGUCGCUAAGCGGCGAUGAGGAGAAGAAAUACAUCGCUGUAGCCCUGGGAACACACCAACUGCACUGCCUGCAUUUCAUCUGGCAAGACCAUCACGCGACAUUCUUCCCCAACUCGACUCUCCGCAAGCAGCACGAGGUUCCGGAGCUGUACGAGAGACAUUAUGAGCAUUGCGUCGACUAUAUUCGGCAGAGUAUCAUGUGUGGGUUUGAUACUAGUCUGGUGUCGUAUGACUGGGUGCGAGAGCAUCAGACUCCAACACCUAAUUCGAAUGUAAUGCAUAAAUGUGUGAAUUGGGGAGUGGUGCAGGGGUGGUUGAAAGAGAGAGCUCUGAUGAUUCCAGAUGGGUUUGUGUGGAGGCAGCCCGAGGGACAGGCGAGUUUGGCAUUUAAUCCGUAA